GACUUUGUCCUAGAUGAUCGCAACAGAGACUACUGGCGGGCUUAUGUAGGACAGUCCAGCAACCCUAUCCAACGAAUAUGUCAGCAUAUAAGAUGCAUUCGUGAUUGCAACCGCGAGAGCUUGCAUUACUAUAUUAUAUGGAGGGGGUCUCCAUUCAGAUCAGCUAAUUUCGUCCGGUUGUGGUCAAUACCACAUAUUGCUAUGGACCUACCAGAGCUGCAGCUGAUUUGCCAGAAUAUUCUUGAAUUAGCAAUGUGUCGUGCUUUUCAAUCUCUUCCUCCAUCAACCUUAGCUGAAAUUUUUGGAGAGGAUGCGGACAACCCGUACACAUGUGUGGGACUUAACAUCGUUUCACCUUUGUUUCAGGGAUUGAGUCUACGAAAGGAGGCAUGCGAGCAUUUUGCCAGGCAGAUAGAAAGCUCCCCAGACCCCGAGAUCCGGCUGUGGCCGAAUUAUAGGUCAAUGGAGAGGGCUAAAGGAGAGAAGGCAAAAAAAGCAGACAGUGCCCCUGCAAAAGCACCAAAGCCAAUGAUGAUACUAGAAGAUUUCCGCACCGCCAUUUUGUCCGCCAUUGCAGGAAGACCCGAUCUUGUACAUCUUCAAUUACCAGAUUUCCAUAGAGAAGCCGACCGAAAGGAUCGUCUCGUAGAGCAUAUUGAUUUAGCCCAGAAAAAAGGACUCGCGGCGGUCGAGAUCUGGAAACGGACUACGGCUGAUGAAGUCCCCAAGCUGAUGACUCCUGUUGGAAGCAUUCAUGCCUAUAUUGGCAUAGUGCUGGACCAUGUUCUUCCGGGAGAUAAGAAAGAGGAGUCGCUCUUUAGUCUACUACCCUGGGGCAUCAAGGAGAGUGGCUUUAACCUUACAAAUUCCUUGAUCUGGAUCCAUAAUUUCCGCUAUUAUGAGGCUACUUCUCUGUUUCGGCAAAGGAUAUUGCCUAUCCGUGCAGAAGAAUUUGAAAUCCUUCGCGACUUUAAUCGCGACCUAAUACAACAAAGCCAGCUAAAGGUGAUAAUUCUAUGCGGAUCUUUUGACCCGCACAUUCUAGUCCCUAAGGAUGCUCCCAGCAUUACUGUUGAUUUCGAAGGUUUCAAUUUCAAUAUUUUCCUUGAGGUCAAUGCUCAAAGUAUCACCCGAAUCUAUGCACAGUCGCCUACCUCUGUACAGAUGCUCCUAGAGAAUAAGUGGCGAAAUGCUAGACAGAUCGGCCUUCUCUUUAAGUUCGCGGCACUUAUUACAGGGACGCCAGGGAUCUGGGCAGGUUUUCAGAGCACAGCAAUCACGACUACGGAGAUAGUCAGACUAUACUCGGACGAAAGACUAAUCAGUUCUGAAACCAAGUCGGCUACUACUAUAGAUACCCUGAGCUCCAGUAUCCGGUUCUGGCUCUACACAAAGGGGUUUAAGAGGGAUGAAGAUAUUACUCGCCUCCAAGAAGGAGGAUCCAGCUUAGCUGAAGCUCUCCUGAUUCUAAUGACACUUCUUCCAUACCGACCGGCACAUGUAACGGGCAGUUCCCAGAAGAAAACAAUCAUUCCGAGCCUUAUCAAAACAAGAGGCGUGUUUGAAAGAAACAAGCUUGAGCAUGUCAAGAGUUUACUUGUGGAGCUCAACGCAAAUUGGUUCCCAGACAGGACAUACUCAAAAACACGACUUUCUACACUCGAAAAUGAAAUAAAAACCGACGAUAUGAAUGCAUAUUUUGAAGUGCCUGAGGAGCACUUUAGUGAAGUAGAGAACACUCUCAUUCAGGUCUCGUCCGAAGGUCCACCAGAGGACUCUGCCUUUGUGGCCGCCAAAGAAGUCAGGGUUAGGCAAAUACUAGGUGUAGAGAUGCAGCUUGCUGAGGACCCGGAUUCCAUCCUUGAGAUGGCCGAAGAACAACUCAACGAGAUAAAGUAUCCUCCGUUGCAAGGUCCAAUACAAUCACGUAUGCCUGGUGGCUCUAGUACACGAGAUAUCGUAUUUGAACCGGUAUUCAAAACACGAAUGCAAUUGCUGCAUGGCGGUCGCUAUUAUAACGGAUGCAGAAGGCAAAACUUGAGAGUCGAUAUAUACCUGCCGGUGAACAUUAUAGCUACUAUCAAUGUUGACAAAUAUCCAGAGCAACGUGUCCUGGUUCGAGCAGAGCUCAAACAACCCGGUGAAAGGCAUCCCAAUUGCUGGGCUCGAAAGGUUUUAGAUAGUGAUGCAGGCGCUCGUCUCGCAAUUACCGUUACCAGGGAAGAAGGCAACCGAUUCAUCACUGUUUAUGCAACCAACAAUGGUUCCUGGGCUCCAUACAAAGCCAACACAUUUGUAGAUUGGCUAAACGGCAUUGGUUACGUACAGAUCAGCCGGACACCGAGAAGAUACCUGCAUUUUCAACCACAGUUACGAGAAGGUUUACCUGAGGAGCUGAGGUACUUUGUGAAUGGGGGAUACACUGAUGCUAAUGGUGUUAGAUUUAAGAAUGAGUUUGAGAAGGGGAGCAGCAGAAUCUAAAUAUGGUCGUAUGUCUUACUCUAAGAGCGGUACUCUACAUACAGUUGGAAAUUCAAACACGAGUUACAUGAC